GCUGGCAACGCUCGCCAUCCGUUAUUUCCUCCUCUUUGGAUUUUUUGAUUCAACAAUGGCCAAGCGCACUAAGAAGGUCGGAAUCACCGGAAAGUACGGUACUCGUUAUGGUGCCUCUCUUCGUAAGCAGGUGAAGAAGAUGGAAAUCACCCAGCACGCCAAGUACACCUGCACUUUCUGCGGCAAGGAUGCUGUGAAGCGUACUGCUGUCGGUAUCUGGAAGUGCAAGGGUUGCAAGAAGACCAUGGCUGGUGGCGCUUACACCGUUUCUACCACCGCUGCUGCCACCGUCCGCUCGACUGUCCGUCGUCUUCGCGAAUUGGCUGAAAUCUAAAAAAAAGGAGAUCCGGUUUUUCACACACACUCUCUUCUUUUCUGUUUGCCUACAUUCAAUAAACCUUUA